GUCAUCUAGCGGAACAAACCUUACCUUUGAAUCUUGCGUAACUUACCUCAUAAAAUUUUUUAAUAAUAAAAAAAAUGAAUUUAUCUCAACAUAUUUUGAGUGGUUUAAAAAGUAAUGUCAGUGCAAUAUCAAAGUUACAGUCUUGGACGUCAUGCCGAUCUCAUUUUACAUAUUUCAAAACCCGUGUAUCUGGAAAUGGCAAUUUAAAAAAAAUGAACAUGUUCAACGCUAUUAAUAAUGCAAUGGAUUUGGCUCUUCAAGAAGAUAAGACGGCACUUUUAUUCGGUGAAGAUGUGGGCUUUGGUGGAGUCUUUCGAUGUUCUGUCAAUUUGCGGGACAAGUAUGGAAAUGAUCGAGUUUUUAAUACGCCUCUGUGUGAGCAAGGAAUUGCUGGUUUUGCCAUAGGCGUCGCGAAUACUGGAGCUACAGCAAUAGCGGAAAUUCAAUUUGCUGACUAUAUAUUUCCCAGCUUUGAUCAAAUUAUCAAUGAAGCCGCUAAAUAUAGAUACAGAAGCGGCGGGCUGUUUGACUGCGGAUCUCUAACAUUUCGAGUACCGUGUGGUGCUGUUGGACAUGGGGCGCUGUAUCAUUCUCAAAGCCCAGAAGGAUAUUUUGCCCACACUCCUGGUCUUCGUGUAGUUAUUCCACGGGGACCGAUAAAGGCAAAGGGACUUUUACUUGCAUGUAUAAAAGAUCAUAAUCCGUGCAUUGUGUUUGAACCAAAAACAUUAUACCGUGCCGCCGUGGAAGAAGUACCAACUAACUUUUAUACUUCAGAGCUAGGAAAAGCUGACAUUUUGCGGAAAGGAAACGAUUUGACUUUAAUCGGAUGGGGUACCCAAGUACACGUUUUAUUGGAAGUUGCAGAUUUAUCAAAGAAGCAUCUUGGAAUUGAGUGUGAGGUUAUUGACUUGGUAUCAAUAUUACCAUGGGAUAGAAAUACAAUAUGCAACUCUGUUAGGAAAACAGGUCGAGUGAUUGUUGCGCAUGAGGCUCCAUAUACUCAAGGCUUUGGCGCAGAACUAGCGGCUUGCAUUCAGGAAACAUGCUUUCUACAACUUGAAGCACCUGUUAAAAGAGUCACUGGGUGGGAUACACCAUUUCCCCACGUGUUUGAACCGUUUUAUUUGCCCGAUAAGCACCGUUGCUUAGCAGCCGUGAGAGAAAUUUUUAACUACUAAUAAACAAUAUAAAAACUUAAAGGAAACGGAUGCAUUUAUUGACAUUUAUUAUAAUGUAGUAUAUAGUAUAUGUAUGUAUACUGAUUUUCGCAUUUGCAUUUACAUUGUUGUAAAGAUAAAUUGUAAAUAAUCAACUCAAAGCUACUUAAAAACAAAUAAAAAUUCGAAUUAUUAUUCAUUUA